GUCAAAAAAUAUUCUCAUUACUUUAAUUUCACCGGUUAAGCAUUUAUGAGCAUAGAAAUAAGAUUUCCAAACAAAACUUUUCGCUUUUUUAAUAAAAUUACAACUUAAAGAAUAAAGUGGAAAUUACUAAGUGAAUUAAUUAAUUUUCGUAAACUAAAGAUUCUAUAAAGUAGUGAGCCAAUAUGCGUUCCCUUUUACUGGUAAUGGCUUUUGCCUUUGUACUAAUUCACAGCAGCAUAGCAUUGAAGGAAGACGAAUGUGAAGUUUGUGUGAAGACAGUCAAACGUUUUGCUGAUACAUUGAAUGAUGACAUAAAGAAGGAUCAUAAAAAAAUUGAAGCAGAAUUUAAAAGUUUCUGCAAAAAGCAAAAGAAUAAGGAGCACAGAUUUUGUUACUAUCUGGGCGGUCUGGAAGAAUCAGCGACUGGUAUUUUGAAUGAACUCAGCAAGCCAUUGAGCUGGUCUAUGCCUGCCGAUAAGAUCUGCGAGAAACUUAAGAAGAAGGAUGCUCAGAUCUGUGAUUUACGUUAUGAAAAACAAAUUGACUUGAACAAUGUUGACCUGAAAAAAUUGAAGGUUCGUGACCUGAAGAAAAUCCUCAACGAUUGGGAUGAAAGCUGCGAAGGUUGCAUUGAAAAAACUGACUUUAUCAAGAGAAUAGAAGAGCUGAAACCGAAAUAUGCGCACAAUGAGUUAUAAAAAACAAUGUCUGAUUACCAAUUUAAUUUAUAUACGAAUACUUAAUUCUACUCACAUGAACAUUUGUCAUUAUUUGAAUGCUUUUCAAUUUUUUUAGAAGAAUUUAGUACAAAAAUCUAUGAUUUUUGCUUUAUAAGGGUUGAUAAUGUGAAAAGAAAAAUAUAUCUGUAGACAGUAUAUGAAAUAAAACACAGAAACCAACUUAA